AUGUGAAAAUUUCCAUCCGAGCAAGAAGCACACAAGAGCACCCCACAAAAUUAACGGACAAAAAAGCAAAGGCAGUUAAUAAGAGGGAAAGAUUAGAAUUUGGGAUCCUAGAAAAGGCAUUGUAUGGCUACGGCAGUGCGCAGAGGAGGGGAAAUCCGAAACUGGUGGCGUAGGCGAAGAAGGUGAGUGAGAAGGAGAAAGGUCCCUCACCACCCACCCACCACCACCUCCUCUUCCACUGUCGCGGUGCACCUAAUACGUAAGGAUAUUAUCACCGUCUUCUAUUUCAUCUCUUUCUCUCUCUCUCUCGCUUACUCGCAUACGGAGAGCUUUUUGUAGCUCCCGAGACAGUGGUGCCCCUUGAACCUGAAAUUCCACUUCCCGACCCCCGAUUUCUUCGAACUUCUCCGGAGAAUUUCGCCGUUUCCAAAGAGUUUGUCUCGCAACUGAUGCAUGCAUGAAUCUGCCUCUACUUUUUUAGCUUCUUUUAAUCUGCUCGCACAUAUUGCUGCUCGCCUAUUACUGGAUCUGGAGAUUUUCUAACUUUCGAGCCCUUUUUCCAGUCAAAUCAUUAUUAGUUGAUUGAGAUGUCGUUGAAGAGCUUUGUACGCGAGCUUAGGGAGAUACGAGAUGAUAUUAGUACCAUAUCCAUUGGAAAAUUACAUGCAAUGGGAAUGCGUCGCCGUGUGCGAGCGCACAUUGCUCCGGAAGGUGGGUCUGAGUUGCCGUGUGAAGUGAUUGAUCAGAGCCCAUGGGCAGACUUGCCCCCUGAAUUGCUCCAUGACAUAAUUAAGCGUGUUGAGGCCAGUGAGACCUCGUGGCCUGCGCGGAGGGAUGUUGUUGCUUGUGCCUCCGUCUGCAAGUCGUGGAGGGAGAUCACAAAAGACAUUGUUAAGACCCCUGAGCAAUGUGGCUGUCUUACUUUCCCCAUCUCGCUAAAGCAGCCUGGGCCAAGAGAUGCUCCCAUUCAAUGCUUUAUUCGCCGCGAUAGGGCAACUUCGACGUAUCUCUUGUAUCUUGGUUUGAGUCCUGCUCUCUCUGGUGAUACAACUAAAUUGUUAUUAGCAGCAAAGAAGUUUAGAUGGGCAGCAAGUACUGAUUUUCGAAUAUCUUUCGUUGGAAGUGAUUUCUGUCAAACAAGCAAUAACUAUGCUGGAAAACUGAAGUCUAAUUUCCUGGGAACCAAAUUCACCGUUUAUGAUAGUCAGCCUCCACACCCGAUGAUGCAAUCCAACUGUAAGGCAGGCAGAAAAAUCCAUUCAGUUCAGGUUUCUCCACUGGUACGUGCUAGAAACUACAAUGUGGCCACCAUUUCUUAUGAGCUCAAUGUCCUCCGAACCAGAGGCCCAAGGAGAAUGCAGUGCACCAUGCAUUCAAUUCCCUUCUCUUCAAUUGAAGUAGGGGGAACUGCCCCUACUCCAACAGAAUUCAUAAGUUCUAACGGCGAGCAAUCUACUCCAUCAUCGUCGUCCAUUUCAAAAUCAAAGGAGUCACUCAUUGAAUUCAGCGCAACUAGCCUUGCUGAAUCAAACGAAUCUAUUUGCAGCAGAAAAGAUCCCUUGAUUUUGAAAAAUAAAUCCCCAAGAUGGCAUGAGCAGCUUCAGUGCUGGUGUCUAAAUUUCAAAGGACGUGUCACAGUGGCCUCUGUGAAAAAUUUCCAGCUGGUGGCAGCUGUAGAGCCUGGCCAAAAUGUGCCAGCAGAAGAACAGGAAAAAGUAAUUCUACAAUUUGGGAAGAUUGGGAAGGACAUCUUCACCAUGGACUAUCGCUACCCACUGUCUGCAUUCCAAGCCUUUGCAAUCUGCUUGAGUAGCUUUGACACUAAACCAGCUUGUGAAUGACCAUACUAAUUUACCAUCUUGGGUUAAAUUGCCAUUAGUCUUCGCUGAAAUUUUGUUGUAUAUAUUUUCUUUGAAGGAAGCAUUUUAGAA